AAUGUCAACGAUCAAUAGUAUUACGAAAAUGAAUUGGUGAUUCGUACGUUGAAAAUUUUGUGCACAACAUGGUGUCUGGGGACCACGAAAGGUUGCUGCCCGAGCCGGAGAAUUACGUGAAAUGUUUUUAUGACCUUUUUAAAAGUAUCGCAGAAGUACAGAGAUAUAAAGAAGAAUGGAGAAAAUGUAAAAAAAAUAAAUCUAUACGUAAGAGGGAUAAAAAAAAGAUUGAUUUAAAUGGAGAUGUAAAUUAUAAUAAUCCACCAGAAAUAGAAUUAUUUUGCAAUGCUUCUGCAUUUGCUGUAUUUGCUAGUGUUAGAAAUGCUAUUUUGGAAAGGUAUGCUAGAACAACAAAUGAAGUUUAUAGAGCAUCAAAUUGCAAUUCUCCACCUCCACCGGAGCAUAGUGAAACUAUUGAUUCAGAAAGUGAUGAUGAAGAUAGGAUAUCAACUAUACAGAGUUUACCAAAGAUUGUAGGUAUUGGUUUACGAAGUGUCUUCACAUUGAUGAGAGAAAGUAGAACAAUUGAACCUAUUUUAUGUACAAAAGCACUAUCAGCUUUACUGGAUGUAUUACAAGGACAACUUCCUGAAGGCCUGAAAUCUGAACCAGAUGAUGUUAUUGAUCCACUUUUUGACCUAUUAUUGGAUCUUGCAACUUCACAUGGCCCAGAAUCAGCAGCUGCAAAUGAUGGUAGUCAUUUGACUGCAGUUGCUUGUGCAUGUUUAUUAAGUCUUGUGGUUGUUAGAGGUGAUACUGGUCGUUUAUUAGCAGCAAUAGCAGCUUUACUCAUGUGUCCCAGAGCACUAGCAAAUUAUAAUAUAUAUUUUUAUAUGCCGUGUGUAUUAACAUCUUUACAAAGAAGUGUACAAGCUGUUCUACUUGGAAAACUUGUGCGGCCGGACUGGAUUACAUAUGGAGUUCCUAAAUGUGCUAAGAUUUAUACUUCUACGCUUAAGUUACCAAAUGAGAUAAAUAAUAUAAUAUUAAAUGGACGAAGUUUUGUGAGUGAUGGAAAGUACCUGUAUCUGCAUACAAGUAGAGGAUUAUUAAAGAUUGGUAGUGGUCAUGGUGGAACCAUUUGGGGUCAUAUGUAUAUUCACAAGGCAGACUUUCACCCAACGGAAACGGGUUGGCUUGGUUAUGCAAAUAAUACAUUGUAUUUUAAGUACACACCGAGAAAGCAGAGUGAACUACUAAUUAUUGAUGCGGAAACCCUCGCUGUCACAGAAAUUGCUGUUUUAGAAGGUCGCGAUUGGUCAUCCUCUGUUAUGUUUUCUGACGGUGAAUGUUUGGGAAUGAUAACAGCAGGAAAAGAUGAUGGUUUUGUAGUCAGAACAAUAAAUACAUUAAGUAAUCCAGUUACAGUCGCAUCAGAAUUACCCUUAAAAUUAGCAAGAAAAUGUGUAGAUGUUUUUGGAUAUGCUGCUUUUGAUGAAGAACAAACUGCUCACACGUUAAAUCCGGGCUGUGAUGAUGAAAUUGCUUCAGUUACAGCAGGAAAAGAAUUUGCUUUGUUGAAAACUGUAUCUGGAAAAAUUCUGUACAGUGGAAAAGGAACUUCCCUUGGAAUGAAAACUAACACAAGGCCUAAUAGAUGGGUAGAGCUAACACUUGGAAAAGGACCAAGGCUCGUAAAUUUUGCAACCGGUCAUGAUGGUCAACAUGUUGUAAUGGUUAUGGAUGAUGGUUCAGCUUUAUUUGCUGGUAUUGCUAAACGUGGAGAAGAUGGUGAUAAUAAUAAAGUUAGGCGCCAAGCUAAGCCAGUUAAACCUAAAAAAAUGACAAAAGUGGAAGGACAUUUUAUUGUGGAUGCUGCUUGUAAUAAUGGGUCGAUAGCUUUAGUUACAAAAGAGGGUUCUUUGAUAAUAUUUGGCAAAGAUACUUUGCACACCGAUCCAGACACGGGAAUGGUUACUGAUCUGAGAGAAGUUUGUAUUGUUCAUGUUUCAUUAGGAAAAGCCCAUGCCGCGGCAUUAACUAACAAAGGACAUUUGUAUACAUUUGGAAUAAACAAUAAAGGACAAUGUGGUAGAGAUUUUACAACAGUUCAUAGUGCUAUAAAUAAAGAUAUCUCUGCUAUUGCUGUGGAAAUGGGUACAGCAGAAGAUGAACUUCUAGUAACUGAAGAAGAUGGUAUGGAAUCUACUGAAGAUUGGGAAGAAACAAGAGGAAUGUGUCCACCAGGGUUACAUCAAUGGAAGCACGGUGUUUGUAUGGUUUGCACAGUAUGCCGAGAAUGCACUGGCCACAAUAUAUCCUGUUUAAGUAGUAUACGCCCAGAUCGAAAUCCAGGCCAGGAAUGUGGCUGUGGCAAAGGUGACAGUGGUUGUGCAGAAUGCGGAUGUUGUCGUACCUGUGCAAGGAGAGGUAGAAAAAGUUCAAAUUUUCGAGAAUAUUUACAAAGACGUCUUGGGGAAAUAAAGCAAAAACAAAGGACAAAGGCAGGCCCAAGUACCGCUAAGUAUGGAAUGAAAAUGAAAGGUUCGAAUAAUAAAAUAUUAGUAGAUGCCUCCGGACCAAGUGUAAUACAAAAAACUACUGCGAAAAUGGCAUUAGGAUUGGCUACUAAUUUGAUAAGUGAAGAAGGUAUUGGAGGAAGUGACAUUGAACGAGGUGAUGCUGCUAGAAUUGCUAGCAUACCACCAGCUAGAGUUCCUAUACCUAGUGAAAGUCCUGUAGUUCAAGUAUCAUGUGGCUUACAUCAUACAGUGGUACUUUUACAAAAUGGUGAAGUUUAUACGUUUGGGAGCAACAUAUAUGGUCAGUUAGGCGUGGGAGAUUCAAUAGCGCAUGCUGGACCAGUUCAUGUUAAAUUGCAAGGAAUCGCAACGCAAGUUGCCGCUGGAAGUAAUCAUACUGUGGUACUUACGUCAAAAGGCGAAGUGUUUACAUUUGGAGCUUAUCAAAAAGGACAAUUGGGCAUUAAUUGGUGGAAUGGACAGAAUGAACCUUCAAACACCACUUCCCCAGUUAGUCGCCGUUCUGAUAGGUCGCAGCCACGGCAUUGUUUUCCAAAUCUAGUUCCAAAUAUUGGUCCACAAUGGGGUAGACGAGCAACAUGGGUCGGUGCAAGUGGAGAUCAAACUUAUGUCAAAAUUGAUGAAAUAAAUUCUAUUAAUUUAACAAGGAGUACUGUUAUGGCAAAUAAAAAUUGCAUAAUUUUAAUUCCACAUCAAACUGAUCACGUAAAUUCUUUCAAAUGUUUAGUUAUAAGCAAAAGAGAUGGCACUUGUAACAGUUACAGUGGAAUGGAUCAAGUUGAUUUCAGUAAUUGUGCAACGUGUUUAGAUCCUUUGUAUAAUGUGAUUUGGACUUUUAAUCCUAUGAGUAGUGAAAUAAGUUUAUAUAAUAUUAUAUCAACGGAAGCUAGAACAAUUUCUGAUUUGGAAGCAUCCAUUUUGAGUCCGGGCUUAGCACUGCCUGUAGUAUCUAAUUGUUUUGUAACGCGUGCUCAAGCUGCAAUGCAUUUAUUGGGUUGUUUGGACACCCUUACACAAGCACAAGAUGAAAAUUUGUGUAUAGUAGAAGAGAAUGAAUGCAAUCAAUCAACAAACGGCAAAGUGUACAGUCGUGAAGAUUUUGUUACAGUUAAUAGAUUUGAAAGUCUUGGUGGUGGUUGGGGGUAUUCUGCACAUUCAAUCGAGGCUAUUAGAUUUAAGCCCGACACUGAUAUUUUAUUGGGAGGAUAUGGGUUAUUUGGAGGACGAGGAGAAUAUACGGCAAAAAUAAAACUUUUUGAUAUUGGAAUGGAUGGAGGGGAUCAAGAAAAUGAUGGCGAGCUUUUAGCAGAAUCAGAAGAAAUACCAUAUGAAUGUGGACCCAGACAAAAAUAUUCUAUUUUAUUUUAUGAACCAAUUGCUUUACAAGCAAAUAGGUGGUACAUUGCAUGGGCUAAAGUUAGCGGCCCCUCCAGUGACUGUGGAUCUGGUGGUCAAGGAAUGGUCACAGCGGAAGACCAAGUUAUGUUUUAUUUUAAAUCUUCGAAAAGAUCUAACAAUGGAACAGAUGUGAAUGCCGGUCAAAUUCCUCAAUUAUUAUAUCGAAUAGUUACACCCGAAAAUCAAACUCCUAAUAGGCAAAGAGAUCAAAUUGAACCGGUUUACGUUUUGAAAAGAGAUUUCAGCAGAACAGUCAGUAAAGAAUGCUUUCAAUCACUAAUAUCUCUCCUUCAAUGGAGUUGGAAUACGUUAAAAGCAGCAUUAAAUGAUUCUACGGUGCAUACCACAUCUUCUCACGCGUUGCUUGAAGUGGAACGUUUAGUCUAUAUUAGUAAAGCUAGUUUGCGGUUACUUAGAACUUAUACCAAUGAAAUUUAUCCCAAUCAAGUUGGAAAGAAAACUCCAGCUGAAUCUGUAAGGCUAGCAGAAUGUAUAGGCGAAGUGCGUGCGUUAUUGCAUCAAAUUUUGUCCGAUACUGUGCCAUUAAAUACAAAAUGCAAGGGAAAAACGCGAACGAGUAAAAGUCCUAGUGCCAUAAACAGUAAAAUGACAAGUAGCAUAUUAGACGAAUGUCAUAGAACAUUUGUAGCUUGUUAUCAUGCAUUUUAUCCAACAGCAUAUUUGAAGUGGUCGUGCUUAUGUGAUUUGCUAUCAGAAAUUGAUAGAGAACAAGGAAGAUCUACAAAAGAUCGACUGUUAUCAGGUGUCGUAGCUGCUCUGUGCAAUCCUACUAUUCGUCUUCGGUGUACAUUUCCAAUUUUAAAUAAUAUCAUGGAUAGUAGCGAUAGCAUGAAACGACAGCUCAGUCCUUCUGACAAUACUGGCUUGUUGAUGAUAAAUUCAACCGAAAGUCAUCAAUACCCGAUCUUAGUCGAGCAGAUCAGUUACAAGUCUCAAGUGGAAAGUACCGGCAAAGAGAUUUUAAACUGGUCGUUUCGCGAUGUCCUCGAUAGAUUGUUAGAUUUGAUUCUAGUCCCUGUGAAGAAAAGUCUUUGCAGAAAAAAGAUUCAAUCACUGCCAGAACUGGUACUUCAUUGUUGUUAUUUGUUAGCACGAGUGAUCGCUGAAUUAGCGGCACAAUCUAGCGGCAACGAAGAUGAACUUCAAGCUGCUUGCGGCAGACUUAUGUAUACUACACCUUCGAGAUUUACCCGCGCGUAUCAAACAAGAUCGUGGAACACCGGUAAUGGUUCCCCCGAUGCGAUCUGUUUUUCGGUCGAUAGACCUGGUAUCGUUAUCGCCGGAGUAGGCAUUUACGGAGGUGUUGGAAUGUACGAUUACGAAUUAGAACUACUAGACGAUCAAAAUAACACGGGGAAUGAUCCAUCCCAUACUCAACGUUGGAGUAGUUUGGAUUUUACACGUGGCACUUUCGGGCCAGAUGACUGUGUUAACGACAUAGUAGAAUUAAAAUUUGAUAAACCUGUGCCCAUUAAGGAAAAUGUAAAGUAUGCUAUUAGAUUGAGAAACCGCGGAGGACGUACGAAUAACGGUGAUGGUGGUUUGAGUGUAGUUAAAGGACCCGACGGGACUACGUUUACUUUCACGGCUUGUUCCUUGAGCUUUAAUGGUACAACACAGACCAGAGGUCAAAUACCGCAUAUCCUUUAUUAUUCAAACCCCCAAGAUUCCGACGGUCAACAUACGAGCAAAGCAAUGGCCGAGGUACAGGCAAGAAAAUGUGCCCUUGCCAUGACAGCCACGAUUAUUCAAAGGUCCAAUGAAAUUUUCGCAUUAGCGAGAGAAAGGGCGGAAGAAGUAGUAGCCACUGAAGUUCUCGGUAAUGCAACAUUCGUGACAACUCUUUUACCAUUGGUUAUGGCACACAUUAGUCCCCUGGCUACAUCAGAUCCUAGGAGUGGAGUUCACGUUCUUACUUUAAUACAAGAAAUGUUACCCCACGUUGCGGCACUUAAUUUGUUAUCUACAAGCUCCGAAUCGAUCUCACAACCUGAAGCUCAAACUCACGUUUCUACACCCGUUACUACUAGUCAUCACUAUACGUGGUUAGAAAGUGAUCAUCCGUAUAAACCUGCUACAGUAUCCCACUACAGAGUCAGCUUUCCGGAAACUGUGAAGUGGUUAACUAUUGAAUUCACGCUAGACUGCGGCACGGCUCAGCCGGAGGAUUAUUUGCAACUGUACAUUCCAAAUAUAAUUGCCCCUACUAUUACGGGAGCAUUCGUGAACAUACAAUCAGAGGAUAUACCCUUGUACUGUCCUGUGUUGCAUAAAUUGAGCAACAUACAAAGUCAGUGGCCUCAGAACGCGAUCGUGUUACCAGGAAACGAAGUUAUAUUCUCGCUGGAGACCGCCUCGGAUUACAUGAGAAACGACAGGGCAAUUACAUACGGGUUUAAAUGUCUGGUUAUUGGAUACGAUUGGAUAACAUCGGGCAACGGUUUAAAAAACUUAGAAAUUGAAUUAUCAUUCCUCGGCGGAGCCUGUGCCGCGAGUCUGAUGAAGAGAAAUCUUACGUUACCGCCUGUGUCUAACGAAGAAGUAGAAGAGGAUUUGGAAUUGAUGCAAGAAACUGCAAAGAGGAUUUUCUCCGUGCACUCGACGUUGCUUGGACGAGGAUUCGCUCUAGCUUCGCCUCCUACGGUCUCCCAGGCUCUCGACGGCGUUCUUCCAUUCAGGUAA